AUGAGACUUCUGAACUUCUGCCUGUAUGGUUGGGCUGAUAUUAUUUCUACAGUUGAGUUCAACCACACUGGAGAACUGCUGGCUACUGGUGACAAGGGGGGUCGGGUUGUUAUAUUCCAAAGGGAACCUGAGAGUAAAAAUGAGCCUUACAAUCAGGGGGAGUACAAUGUUUACAGCACUUUCCAGAGCCAUGAACCUGAAUUUGAUUAUUUGAAGAGCUUGGAGAUAGAAGAAAAAAUAAACAAGAUCAAGUGGUUACCACAGCAAAAUGCAGCUCACUCACUUUUAUCAACAAAUGAUAAAACAAUCAAAUUAUGGAAAAUUACUGAAAGAGACAAGAGACCAGAGGGGUACAACUUAAAAGAUGAAGAAGGAAAACUUAAAGAUCUUUCUACAGUAACAUCACUGCAGGUGCCUGUGUUGAAACCUAUGGAUUUGAUGGUAGAAGUCACUCCCCGGAGAAUCUUUGCUAAUGGUCACACCUAUCAUGUCAACUCAAUAUCUGUCAACAGUGACUGUGAGACAUACAUGUCAGCAGAUGAUCUCAGGAUUAACCUCUGGCAUUUAGCAAUCACAGAUAGGAGCUUCAACAUUGUAGAUAUAAAGCCAGCCAAUAUGGAGGACCUGACGGAAGUGAUUACAGCCUCUGAGUUUCAUCCCCAUCACUGCAAUCUCUUUGUCUACAGCAGCAGCAAAGGAUCCCUGAGACUCUGCGACAUGAGGGCAUCGGCUCUCUGUGACAAACAUUCCAAGC